AUGCUUCAAUUCACCGGCCUCUAUCUCAUCACCUUCUACGUAGGGAGAAAGGAGCUCGUUGAGACCAUGAUGAACCUCAAGCAGAAUGACACCAGCGGAAUGCAAUUUAACGCUGCGCUGAAGGAUCUGAUCAAGGUAACAGGAAAGGUCGCGGAGUGGGAGACAAGAGCCACCUCCAAUGAUGGUUCCUUGAUUGUUGAUUUAUGCUUCCUUCACAGGUGCCGGGUGAUUAAGAGCGAAUUGGAUUCACUUCUUCGAAAAUUACCAAAUCGGAAGGAUUUCAAGGCCGAAGACAAAGAGAUUUGCAAAAUGCUUGGAUUCCAGAUCGGUAGACUCAAAAUACACUCUUCUGUUGAGUCGCGAGACUUUGAUUCUCGGCAUGGACCAGACUUCCGGGUCGAAGCAGCGGAUUCAUCUAUGGCAGACUUUACUUCGAACCUUUACGAUCAUACUUGGGAGCGCCUGCAUCUUAAGUACCCUGGCUGCGCGGAGAAGGAAUAA